CGUCUAGCCGAUCCGGCGAGGUGGAACUCGUCCCCGUCCGUCUCGCUCUCGCGUUAUCUUCCCCUCGCCAGCGCGGGCGGAGGCUAUAAAUAAACCUCGCGGGCCGCGGCCACAACCCGAAUCCUCAUCCACGGAUUGCGCACCAAACCUCCGCAAAUUCACAAGUGGAUACAAGAUUUUUCUCCUCUCUUUCCCUCGCCGUGGCCCGAGGAAGCAAUCUCCAGCAAUCUGUCUCCCUUGCUGAUCCUCAGCUACUUCAAGUUCUCGCGCCGCAAGAUCGCAGCUUUAGUUAGCUUCCUGCCAGCCGCAGUCGCCGGUUGCUGAGUAGGGUCGGGUUCGGUGGUCGGCCGGUUAAUCGGUGCGUGGAAUCGACGAUGGUGGCGGCGGCGCCGGCGGAGCGGGUGGUGGCGGAGCUCCGGGAGGCUUGCGCGGCGCCGGCGGCGCGGCUGAACGAGGUGGCGGCGGCCAUGGAGGCGGAGAUGCGGGCCGGCCUGCGCGAGGAGGGCGGCAGCAAGAUCAAGAUGAUCAUCUCCUACGUCGACAACCUCCCCACCGGGAAUGAGGAGGGGUUCUUCUACGCCCUGGAUCUCGGGGGAACCAACUUCCGCGUCCUGCGCGUGCAGCUCGCCGGGAAAGAGAAGCGCGUCGCCAAGCGCGAGUCCAAGGAGGUCUCCAUCCCUCCCCACCUCAUGUCAGGCAACGCCUCGGAGCUGUUCGGCUUCAUUGCAUCAGCUCUAGCCAGCUUCGUCGCGGACGAAGGGCGCAACAAUGUGUUUGAGGACAAGCAAAGGGAGCUGGGGUUCACGUUCUCCUUCCCUGUCAGACAAACAUCGAUUGCGUCUGGAACACUUAUCAAGUGGACUAAGGCGUUCUCGAUCGAUGAUGCUGUGGGCGAAGAUGUCGUCGCCGAACUGCAGACUGCCAUGGAGAAGCAAGGCGUCGACAUGCGCGUGGCGGCAUUGAUCAACGAUACCGUUGGGACACUGGCUGCCGGUAGAUACAACGAUGAGGAUGUCGUCAUUGGUGUCAUAUUAGGUACCGGCUCGAAUGCCGCGUAUGUUGAAGAAGCAAGCGCCAUACCGAAGUUUGAGGGCGAGUUACCUAAAUCAGGAAACAUGGUGAUCAAUACGGAAUGGGGUAACUUCUCCUCAUCCUGCCUCCCAAUCACAGAAUAUGAUCAGGCAUUAGAUGAGGAGAGCUUAAACCCAGGAGAGCAGAUCUUCGAGAAGUUGAUUUCAGGAAUGUACCUAGGCGAAAUAGUGAGGAGGGUGCUUCUUAAAAUCGCCUCACAGUCUACACUCUUCGGCAAAGUCAACCAGACUAAGCUCAAAACACGAUUCAUUCUGAGGACUCCUGAUAUCUCCGCGAUGCACCACGAUGACACGCCCGAUCUGAGAAUCGUGGCCGAGAAACUGGCAGACAACCUCAAGAUCAAGGACACAUCCUUGGAGACGAGGAAGAUGGUCGUGGAGAUCUGCGACAUCGUCACCACCAGGUCUGCACGGCUGGCCGCGGCAGGGAUCGUCGGGAUCCUCAGAAAGAUCGGGAGGGCCGUCCCCGGCGACGAGCGGCGGUCGGUCGUCGCCAUCGACGGCGGCCUGUUUGAGCACUACGCCGAGUUCAGGCAGUGCCUGGAGGGCACGCUGGUGGAGCUGCUGGGGGAGGAGGCGUCCAGGUCGGUGGCGGUGAAGCUCACCAAGGAUGGGUCCGGGCUGGGAGCCGCCCUGAUCGCGGCUGCUCACUCCCAGCGCUGAAUGGCUGCGCCACUGUGCAAGUCCCAGGCUCCUCCUCUGGCACUCUUGAUGUAUUUGUAGCGAAUUCGUAUGUUUUCGAGCAAAGUUUGUUUGGAAUCUGCCGAACCAAUGUUCAACGGAAUGCGGAAGUCUUCGUGUGUGUGUGUGUUGUUCA